GAUCAGGGUUGCAGUUGCAGAAUAGGCUUCAGCGAAGAACGAGCACGGGACCCUGGCUAGCGAUGCCAUGGUGUAGCCGACAAAGGGUCGUUUCGGCGGGAUCCAGUGUGUUCAUGAAGCCAUCGCGUUGCCACUCGGGCUCGCUCAGAUAAAUCAGUCGCCCUUUUUCGAGUCUCGAUAUAAGAGCAUUCGCUCAUGGGAACUUUCCAAGACGUUCAUUUGUCGCCUCGGAGGCGUCGCAGGGCGUCGUGGAUGUCGCUGCUGCACAGACGGCGUCGCACGAUCCUGAUAGUCAUCGUGUCACUUUUUGCCGUCCAUGGCCUCUAUCUCUUCACUCGAUUCAAGCUCCAUGAAGGGGUGGAAUGCUCCUUCCCCUCCUCCAUUCUCCCCCUGCACGCCUCCACACCAUCUCCGUUCUCAAAAGACACCAACGACAAGUUCCUAGCAUGGGCAACAUCCCACGGCCUGUACCUGGCCCCCAAGGCACGAAUCAAACUUACACCAGACAUCCCCCCAGAGCCUCUCGAAUCCGCUACAGACAGCCCCGCUAUAAGGACCACUAGUGGCGCUGCUGGGUCUGGGACGAAGGCCAGUGGCAGCAGCAGCAGUGGCGGUGGCAGGGGGGAUAAGAAAGGGGGAAAGGGGGAGAAGGGAGGGAGCGGGGUGGUGCGUCUGGUGCGAGGGCUGGUGGCAGAGGGGGAUAUGGAGGCAGGAGACACGCUGUGCAGGAUACCGAUGUCUCUGGCCCUCUGGUCCAACACCAGCCAGGAAGGGGACUCAGAGGCCGCAGGUGGGAGAGGAGGGGCAGUGGGGGAUGCAGAAGGCGCGAAGGGGGGGAAAGGAGGCGGGAGCAUGAGGGAGAGGAUGAGGGAGCUGCGGCAGCGGGUGCUGCAGGGCAAGGCUGCUGCUGCUGGGAUUGGUGGGGCAGAGAAGAAGCGUGGAUGGGACGUGGUGGCCCUGCGAAUACUCGAAGAGAAAUCAAAGGGCGACGCCUCUCCCUGGGCACCCUACAUCCGCUCCCUGCCUCCUUCCGUUCCUCUCCCCAUCUUCCUCCCUCCUGAGGAGGAGGGCGAGGUGCAGUGGGCGUCGACCCUGGAGCAGGUGAAGCGGAUGAAUGAGGAGAUCCGAGAGACUUACCACAAGCACCACGAUUCCACUCAUCCCAACCUUUCCUUUGAUGAGUACAAGUGGGCCGUCUCAAUGGUCCACAGCCGGGCCUUCACCCUGCCAGUCAAGCCGGGCGGCAAGUUUGAGCAGUUUGUGAUGAUGCCGUUCAUGGAUGCGAUCAACCAUCAUUACAACAACCAUAUGGACUGGAUGGCAAGGCCUGUCUCAUCUGAGGGGGUGCUGGAGAUCCGACUGAAGCGGCCGGCGAAGAAGGGCGAGCAGCUGUUCACCUCGUUUGGGCCCCGCAGCAACGAAAACCUCUUUCUCUACUAUGGCUUCAUCCUAGACAACAACCCCUUCGACAGCCUCUCGCUCUUCCCCACCUUUGAGGACGGUGUGCGCUGGUUACUCGACCGCUUCUACAUGGACUGCCGCUCCGACUCCCUCCAGCGCCACAUGGUGGUUGCAGCCAUCGCAGGCGCGUCCUCCUCCACUGCAUCUGCCGCUGUUGCCUCGGCAGCAGCCACCUCCUGCUCUCUCGUUUCCUUCACCCAGGCCUGGAAACGCGCCCGCGCCGCCCUCGACCGGCCCUCGUCGCACGAUGCCUCGAGGGGGUUUGAGAGGGAUCGGUCGCUCUGGUGGGACCUGAUGAACAGCUGGGCCGCGUUUGGCUACGAGGUGCUGCCGUACCGGGCAGGUCCGGACGUACGCCCGGCUGGGAGGAUCGACCCGAGCCUGCUCGCCGCACUUGCUUCGGUGGCCCGGUUUGCAGCUUCGGCGCCGAACCGGACGCUCCCUGCUGGUGCGUUUCCUAGGUGCCCCCCUGGAUGGAGGAGAGAGGGGAAGAGUGGGGUUGGUUGGGGGAGUGGGGGGGUUGGGGGGGAGGGGAAAGCGGGUUUGCUGUGGCCAAGGUGUUGCCGAACUAAGGCAUGGAGGGUAGUGUGCCGCAGUGAUGGUGUCGGAGGGGCUGGGUCAACAGAGUCAACGGAGUCAGCAGGGGAUGAUGGGGAGGAUGAAUUGGGGGAUGACGGAGAGGUGCAGCCACGGGAUGGCUCUACAGCUGCAGCAGCAUCUGGGGAUGCAAGGAAAGCAGCGUUCAAAGCAGCGAAAGCCGCAGAGGAUGAGGCGGCCGUGGCAGCAGCGGAGUAUGUGAAGCUGCUUAUAGUGAGGCGGUGCCGCGAGCUGAUGAUUGGCAUGGCCACACCUGCGCACUAUGACUGGUGGCUGCUGCGGGAUGUGGAGCGGGCGGGAGGGAAACUUCUGGGAAGCGAUGGAGGGGUGGAUGGGACUGGAGCCAGGAGAGUUGGCAACAGUGGUCCUGGCAGCAGCAGCAGCAGUGCUGGUGGUGGCGGUGGUGGUGAGAAGGAUGGGAGUGGAGGGGAAUUGGGAAGGGAGGGGGAGAUGCAGUGUAAGUUCCGGGGGCAGGUUUUGUCGCCGCAACGGUUGCUUGCAGUCCAGUAUCGGCUCAAUAGGAAGGAGAUGCUGAUGGCUGUUAUAAGAAGGCUAGAAGCUGGACUGUAGGAGAGGUAACUGUACCUGUCUUUUAAAUCGUACCUUAAUAAACAAUUAUGCCCUCGAUUUGUAGAUGGGAGCUCGCCUCUUGUGCUCAUUGUACAAGUUACGUUCCUUGCAUUUUGAAUAAUCG